CCAUUAGAAAAGUCUUUCUCUCUCUCAUGAUUUCUUAUUCUUCGUUCUCUCUCUUAUCUCUUUGAAAGAAAGGACUGAAUCUAGUGGAAGCCUCCUUUGAUUUUCUUUAUUUUAACCCUGAGGGCGCCUCCUCUGUUUCUCAAAAUUUCUAGAACCCAAUAUCCGUUUCUUUUGGCUUUCAACAUCUUCGUCCCCCUCCUCCUCCCUUUAUAAGAAGUCACGUACAAGAAUUCACAAAAAAAAAAAAAAAAAAGAAACAGAAAGAAAAGGAAGUAGUCUGUGUCUUUGUUUUUUCUUAUUUCAGAAGCUCUGGUUAAAAAAGUUAUGGUCUUGUUUAGAUUCCAAAAACCAGAGAGUUCGUUUUGUUAACUCAUGGAAACUGAUACAAGUAAACGUUGUGACAACCUCGUUCACUCUCGCUUCUUCCUCUCUGGGUUCUAUUGCUGGGGUUGGGAAUUCUUGACCGCUCUUCUUCUCUUUAGUUGUUCUGCCUAAAACCAAACCCAAUCAUCUUUAACCAGGUUUAUUUGUUCUACUUUUGUUUCUGAUCUUGUAAUAAUAUAUAACUCUUUGUUAGAAAUAUUUUAUUUCUUUCUUUCUUUCUUUUUACGUAUUUGGGGGAGGGGGAAUCGGAGAGAAAAGGAUUGAAAUGGCGCAAAGGUCAGUUCCGGCGCCGUUCUUGACCAAAACGUACCAGCUGGUGGAUGAUCCGAUCACCGACGACGUGAUUUCAUGGAAUGAAAACGGAACAUCAUUUGUCGUUUGGAAAACUGCUGAUUUUGCUAAGGAUUUGCUUCCCAAAUACUUCAAGCACAACAACUUUUCUAGCUUCGUCCGUCAGCUCAAUACUUACGGAUUUCGAAAGGUUGUUCCAGACAAAUGGGAGUUCGCGAACGAGAACUUCAAGCGAGGGCAAAAAGAGCUCUUGUCGGAAAUCCGUCGUCGGAAGACGGUGACAUCAUCGCCGGCUAAUACUCCGGCGAACAGGAAAACCUCUGGUGCUGGACCUUCCUCCCCUAGUAACUCUGGAGAGGACCUAGGUUCCACUUCCACGUCGACAUCACCGGACUCUAAGAAUCCGGGAUCGGUGGAAACGACGCCGGUUGGCAUGAAUCAAUUUGCUGAUUUGUCAGAUGAGAAUGAGAAAUUGAAAAAGGAUAACGAGAUGUUGAGCUCGGAGCUGGCGCAGGCGAAGAAGCAAUGCGACGAGCUGAUCACGUUUUUAACUGAAUGCGUGGAGGUGGGGCCCGAGCAGAUCAAUCGCAUCAUGCGGCAAGGAAGCCGUGGGUCCACCCAUGAUUGCGAUGAUCGUGUCCGUAGCUAUGGUGCUGAUGAUCUUGAUGAUCAUGAUAACGAUGAUGAUGAAGAGAAAGGCAGCCAAGAAGGUAAUGGAAGUUUGAAACUGUUUGGGGUUUGGUUGAAAGGGGCGGAAAAAAAGAGGGCCCGCGAGGAGAAAAUCAUGUACGGUGGGCCACGCGCUAAGGAGAUGAAGACCGUAGAUUUUCGCCACGUGCCUUUGGUGAUGAAGAGCGGCAAAGUUUGCAUUUAACUAAUCAACGGUCGACAGGAUAUCAAGAAACUUCAUGCUGGUUGUUGUAUUUUAGAAAACAAUAAUAAGGAUGGAUUUGUAUUUUUAUGAUUUCUUUUUCGUUGUACAAUUAGGUGGGUGACGUUAGUCAGCAAUUGCGGGAGGCCAAGAUCGAAGGCAAAUGGGUCUUUGCCAUUCUCUCAAGUCUCAUCAAGAACUUUACAAACAUGUGGUUGUUUUAAUAUUAUUAUUGUUGUUGA